GCUUCACCUGUCAUUCUAACGCUAGUGUUUUACCGUUCUGCAUUCUUCAUUUCAAGGAUUAACGGCUGAUUCCCGCAGCUAUGAACACCUCCGAGGAUCAGACCUUCAGGGACUCCCACCAUGCGAACAUUGCCUUUUCUACGUUCUACAUCUUCAUCUUCAUCAUAGCUGUUCCUGGGAAUGCCUUGGCGUUUUGGGCAUUCUGUCGCCGGCAAAGCACAUCUCCAUCUAAGGUCUUCCUGAUGAACCUGUCUGUAGCAGACAUCUCUUAUGUCCUCAUCUUACCAAUGCGGAUUGUUUACCACCUAUCUGGCAAUCAGUGGCCCUUUGGACGUAUCCUCUGUCACGUCGCUGGCUUCCUGUUUUAUCUGAAUAUGUACUGCAGCCUUUACUUAAUGAGUUUCAUCAGCCUGGACAGAUGCGUUGCCGUGGUUUUUCCACUCAAGUCACGCUUAAUGAGGAAGCCUGCAUAUGCCAGGGUGGUUGUGGGCAUACUGUGGCUGAUAGUUAUUGUUUGCAUGAGUCCUCUCCUCCUGCUUAAAAAACAUGUGACUAACAACUCAACCGCAGUCUGCAGCCAGCUCUACCUGGAAAAUACAUCUCCAAAGGCGUUGGUGUCCACCGUGGUGGCAUUUGCUAUUCCCUUCAUCACCAUCAUCAUUUCCUACAUUGUGAUUCUAUUGAAGUUAAGAACAGUUCCACAACAUGGAGAAAGACCUGUUAAAGAUAAGGCCAUAAAAAUUAUCAUUCUUAUCAUGCUGAACUUCCUCUUUGCGUUUGUCCCCUAUCAUGUGAGCCGGGUAAUUUACAUUCAGAACCGCAGCAGUAUGACUGCAGCGAGCUAUGAGUCACUCGCCCAGUCUAAUCGUAUUACAUCUGCUCUGACAUGUGUUAGUGGUGUGCUGGAUCCUGUCAUGUACUUCUUCCUGAAUCAUGUUUACAGGAACACAUUGCUUCAUAUGUUUAGUAAUGUAGUACAAACAUGUACAGAAAGAAGCAUGCAAACAUGAAUGUACUCAAAGUGUGUUCAUACCUAGAGUGCAGAAUGAACAGGGAUAUAAAGCUGAAAACAUAUUAAGCUAAAUAAAAGUAAACCUUCAACUG